AUGAACCGCACUCCGCAAGCCCAAGCGCUGAGCGAGUUCGACAAGUUUAUAUCUGAAGACCUCCCCAGAUUCCUCACGUUUGUGGCGAAGGAAGUCAUGUUUCCACUUAUCACUCUGUUGAUAUGCUUUGGAGGAGCGGUCAAACUAUUUGCGCACACCCAACAACAGCUCUAUCCUCCUCCAAAGAGCGUACGACACAAAGAAAUUGUAAAGCAAUAUAGUAACGGGAAGGUCGACGAAGCACUCCAAGAAUUUGCCAAACUCGAUUACGGUCCAUCCUAUUUGAGCAUGGCAUGCCAUGAGAUCUACGUUGUUGGGACCGAAGCUAGUGUCGCAAAGGGCAUUAUGAUUCUAAAAGAAGCACAGAUUCAAAACAAAGGGAUUCCCGAAAAGAAAAUAAAGGAAAUGAGGGCUGAUGCCGCAGCGAUACUAAGUGGAAAUGCUAUCAUGGUGCGCACCAAUGCCAAUGUGGCGAAGGAAGAGUAUUUGGGUGUUGCCUCUUGGUGA